CUACAGCUGCUCCAACAACAACUACAGCUGCUCCCACCACAACUACUAUUGCUCCCACAACUACUACAGCUUCACCCACAACAUCUACAGAUGCUCCCACCACAACUACUGCUGCUCCCACAACUACUACAUCUUCACCCACAAUAACUACAGCUUCUCCCACCACAACUACUGCCGCACCCACAACUACUUCUGCUCCCACUACAACUUCUGCUGCACCCACAACAACCACAGCUGCACCCACAACAACUACAGCGCGAUCAGUGACAAGGCUGCUGACUUUUAGGUCUCCUGGAGAGACCUUUACAAUUGAUUUGCUCAACUCGUCUUCAACAGCAUUCAUAAACCGAGCUGAACUUUUAAAUUCCACGCUUCAUCCUCUCUACUGGCACUUUUCUUCUUCGUUCAUCGAUUUAACAGUGACUUCAUUCAGCAAUGGCUCUAUUAUCAACAACAUGAUACUUCAGUACACAUCAGCAUCUGCUCCUAAUGGUUCCCAAAUUGCACAAGUUUUGGUCAACGCAGCUUCAGACAUCACUGACUUCUCCAUUGAUACUACUAGUAUUUCAGUGGAUGGAACACCCACCGCAACAACUGCUCCAACUACUACAUCCACUACAACUACAGCUCCAACUACUAUGACUGCUACAACCACAACCACUACAACUAAAGCUCCAACCACUACGACUGCUAAAACCACAACCGCUACAACCACUGCUUCAACCACUAUUCCUACAACCACAACCGCUACAACCACUGUUACAACCACAACUCCUACAACCACAACCGCUACAACCACUGCUCCAACCACAACUCCUACAACCACCACCACUACAACUAAAGCUCCAACCACUACAACUGCUCCAACCACUACGACUGCUAAACCCACAACUGCUACAACCACUGCUCCAACCACUACUCCUACAACCACUGCUCCAACCACUACUCCUACAACCACUGCUCCAACCACUACUCCUACAACCACAACCGCUACAACCACUGCUCCAACCACAACUCCUACAACCACAACCGCUACAACCACUGCUCCAACCACUACGAUUGCUACAACCACAACCGCUACAACCACUGCUCCAACCACUACAACUGCUACAACCACAACCGCUACAACCCCUGCUCCAACCACAACUCCUACAACCACCACCACUACAACCACUACAACUAAAGCUCCAACCACUACGACUGCUAAGACCACAACCACUACAACCACUGCUCCAACCACAACUCCUACAACCACAACCACUAAAACUGCUCCAACCACAACUGCUCCAACCACUACUCCUACAACCACUACAACUACAGCUCCAACCACUACAACUGAAGCUACAACCACAGCUACUACAACCACUGCUUCAACCACUACAACUAGUACCCCUUCAACAACAGAAGCCCCAUCUUUAAAUACAACAGUUUCUCAAAAUUCAACAACAAAUGUAUCAACACCUACCACAGUUAAACCAACAACAACAAGAAUCCCAACUGUGGAGCAAACAGUGACAAGGCUGCUGACUUUUAGGUCUCCUGGAGAGAUCUUUACUAUUGAUUUGCUCAACUCGUCCUCAACAGCAUUCAUAAACCGAGCUGCGCUUUUAAAGUCCACGCUUGAACGUCCCUACAGCCAAUUUUUUUCUUCGUUCAACGAUUUAACAGUGACUUCAUUCAGCAAUGGCUCUAUCAUCAACAACAUGACACUUCGGUUCGCUUUUGCAUCUGCUCCUAAUGGUUCCCAAAUUGCACAAGUUUUGAUCAACGCAGCUUCAGACAUCACUGCCUUUACCAUUGAUACUACUAGUAUUUCAGUGGAUGGAACAUCCACCUCAACAACUGCUCCAACUAUUACAUCCACUACAACUACAGCUCCAACUACUAUUACUGCUCCAACCACAACUCCUACAACCACAAUUGCUACAACCACUACAACUAAAGCUCCAACCACAACUCCUACAACCACCAUCACUACAACCACUGCUCCAACCACAACUCCUACAACCACCAACACUACAACCACGACAACUAACGCUCCAACCACUACAACUGCUACAACCACAACCACUACAACUAAAGCUACAACCACUACAACUGCUAAAACCACAACUACUACAACCACUGCUUCAACCACUACAACUACAACUGAAUCUCCUCCUCCAGUGUUUGUUGUUGCAGCAACCGUGGUCCAACCAUAUGUUCCACAGUAUAAUGACAGAAACAGCAAAGAGUUCAAGGAACUAGAAGUAAAAGUGAUAGCAGUGUACGAUAUCAUAUAUAGAGCAAGAUUUGGAAUUUUCUUUGUUCGAAGUUAUAUCAUUGCAUUUAGACCCGCUAUAACCAGGUUCCGAAUGAACGGUACUCAAGCAGAGGUUGGGGUUGAGUUCAAUAGAACCACACCAGUAGAGACAAUUCCAAAGGCUGAAACUGUUCAAGAAGUAUUAGUGGAGGCUGUGAAAAACCCUAACAUCACCUUUAAUGUGACCUUUGAGGAGAAUUCUAUCGAAGUAAUACGUACGCCUUCAACAACUGAAGCCCCUGCUUUUAAUACAACAGUUUCUCAAAAUUCAACUACAAAUGUAUCAAUACCUACCACAGUUAAACCAACAACAACAACAACAACAACAACAACAAUAACAACAACAACAAUACCAACUGUGGAGCAAACAGUGACAAGGGUGCUGACUUUUAGGUCUCCUGGAGAGACCUUUACAGUUGAUUUGCUCAACCCGUUUUCAACAGCAUUCAUAAACCGAGCCGCACUUUUGAAGUCCACGCUUGAACCUUUCUACAGGCAAUCGUUUUCUUCAUUCCGCGAUUUAACAGUGACUUCAUUCAGCAAUGGCUCUAUCAUCAACAACAUGAUUCUCCGAUUUGCAUCUACAUCUGUUCCUGAUGGCUCCCAAAUUGCACAAGUUUUGAUCAACGCAGCUUCAGACAUCAAUGCCUUCACCAUUGACACCACGAAUAUUUCAGUGGAUGGAACACAAGCGUCAAAUGGAGUGAGCCACAAGAUCAGUCUCAUCACAGCAUUCUGCACGGUUCUGUUGUCCUGGUUGUUGUCCAGCCAGCACUAACAUCUCUGUUGAUUUCUAGUGGAUAUUGUGUAUAAAAAGGUUGUUUUAGCUGGAAACCAAAAGGUCCUUUAAAAAGGCAUUUUUUUCUAAUGAGAAAUAAUUAUCCAAACAACAUUUUAUAAGAAUGUUUCAGUAAGUAUUCAAUUAAAAACUUUAAUAUUUGUAAAAGCACAAUUUUUACUAAUCAUUGGUACUAAAUUGUUAGUAUGUUUUUUAUCUGAUUGUUGAAAACCUGGAUCCAGUCCAUGCAGAAAACAUCUUUUGUACUUAUCACUUCCUUGGAAGGCUAUGACAUUAAGUAACGUGAAAUUUAAAGAUUAUUAUCUCAAAGCCAUGGUAAUUCAGGCUUAUAUAAGUUUGAUCGUCGUGUUUGUUAUCAUGUAUAAUUAAUUUAAGUAUUAAAGAAGGAAUGAUCUUAAUGGCAGUUUAGCUGGUGGAAAUGUCCAGGUAAACACUGAGGAUAUCUCUACAAAUUAUUUCCGUGGGAUAAAUGAAAUUUAGAAUGUCUGAACAGUGACCCAAGUGAUUUAUCUAGUGUUUCUUUUUUAAACACAUUUAUUGUAUCGGCUGUUUCUGUGUUUAUGAUUCUUUUAAGUGUUAUUUAAGCUUUUUCAGUGUAACUAUGUUAGAAAUGUAAAUUGAGAAGGACAUAAAAAUCAAAUAUUUAAUCUAAAUUUUGAGAUUAAAUUAAUAUUAAAUUAAAUAUGAGAAUAUUUUAAUAUUUAUUUUCAGGGAAUAAGGUGUGUAAAAGUGUAUGAAAUACAACAUACCUGUUUCGA